CACACAACUUUUGACUUCAACAUUUAGUAUAAAGAAUGUUUAUAAAUCAUGUUUUUACUCAAAAUGGGCUUUAAAAAAGACAAAAAAUAGGAAUUUACAUCUAAAAGUGAUGAAAUACCGCGAAAAAAUCAAAUUUUUAAAGUUAAAACGACUUAAAAAGUGAUUUUUUAAUGCAAAAAGUGACAAAAACAUAAAUGAAGCGCUGAACGAAGGACAAUCAUAUUGGAAAAGUGCACGAGUGUGAGAGAGAAAGAAACAUGUUUAAUUUACAGUUUUGUUGUUUCUCGUAUAUAUUAUUAUAAUAUAUAAUAUAAAACAUAAAAAAACACACGAAAAAGAAACAAAAAAAAAAUUAGUUUGAUGACGCGUGAUAUUUACCUUUUCCAGCCAAAAUAAAAAAAAAUAAAUAAAAUCUAAAAUUUUAUAAAAAAAAAUUAUAAGUACGAAUGCAGCUUUUGUUACAAAAAACUUAACAAAAGAACUGCAGCGCACAAUUUCAAACAUCUGCUCAACAAUCGGGCAAUUUUAAUGCAAUAGAUGCAUAGUUUAAGCACACAAUGUUAAUGGCGAACAAAAAAAUCGUGAAAAAAGUGAAGAUAAGGAUUCAUGACUUUUCUUCAAGUAUCCAGUAAGAAAGAAAAAAGAAAAAAAAAUUAAAACAAUACGCGACAAAAAAGUGACAAAGUGCAGUUCUUUUCACUGUCGAGACUUUUAAAACAAGAAAUUGAGUUGUGUUGAUAAGAAACAAUAAAACGAACUGAACAGAGGAAAGAAACAACACACAUGCUGUGGCAUACUAAUGAACCAUUGAAAUCUUCCUAGAAGAGUACGUAGGAAAAAAGAAAGGUUUCGUGUGUAUAUUAAUUAAAACAUUGAAGGCCAUAUUCUUCUUUCCUUCUUCACCAUCUUCUUCUGUUUCUCAGUAAAGAUACAUCGAACAAGUGAAUUUAUUAUUAGUUUUGUGUUCUGUUGUUCAUCACUCACUUUACUUGAACAAACUAUAAACAAGGAAUGGUUAACCGCGUGUAAAAAAAUUAUUAUUAAACAAGUUCAAGUUAAAAAGUUAACAAUAUGUUUAAUGUUGCACAUGCAUCAUCCUCAUUAUUAUAAAAAAAAAUACAAAAAAAAAUUAAAUAGUUCAGAGAAAAAAAUUAAACUACGCAAAAAUACCAGAUUAAGUACAGAAAAAAAGAGAAACAUUCAACACCUUUCAAUUUACAAUAAUAAUCAUAAUAAUUGCAAGAAUAAAUAAGUGACAGCCAUAGCAGCACAAAUAUUUUACUACAUAAAUAAAUAAAUUCAUAAAAGUUUCGUAUAUACACGAGACGAGUUACUAUAGCCGCACUUGCAUAUAGAAUAUUGGAAUAAAUUAACGAAGUAGAAAAAUCUCAAAAAUGAGAAAACUAAAUGUUGGUGCAACAAUGUCUCGUCCCGCAAAGCCGACAACGGCAAAAAAGGUCGCGCCGCCCGCAGUACCUGAAAUCUAUCGGCACUCUGGCAGCUCUUUUGGCUCUGUCGGUUACGCCUCCUCCGACGACGGUGGAUUUCUCCAACCGCCCGACUCACCGAUGAUCUUGUCGCUGAAAUCCUCGUCAUCAUCCUCCGAAGAUCAACCAGAUUGCGCCAAUAGUGGAAGCAGUAACAUGCUUUCGAAAAGUCCCGGCGUCACGUAUAUACCUCCAAAUACCUUCACAUUUAGUGCCCGCGGCGAGCCCCUCACACACAAGACAGCUGUCAUUUAUCAUCAGUCGUUGGCGCUGCAGCAGGAAGAUCAGGGCAUCGAUCUAACGCAAUCUCCCGGUAGAGAUAGUCCCGGAUCGUCGUCGGGAUCAGCUGGAUCUGGUUCGAGACAUUCGACAGCGAGUUUGGAUAGUGGGCGUGCCUCGUCAUAUGUCACGGGAACGUCAUCCAAUCGUGGAGCGUUAAGUAGUCCCCGGUACAGUGUGAGUUCGUGCUCAAUUGGCAGCGUAGAUCGCAUGACACAAAGAAGUGAUCACGAUAUAAUUACUGAAUGGCUUUCGGAAAUACAUUUUGACGAGUAUGCACAAUUAUUCGCCAAAGCUGGAUACGAUCUGUGGACAAUAUCGCGUAUGACGCCCGAAGACUUAACCGCAAUUGGUAUCAAGAAGCCGCAUGACAGAGAAAAGAUCAAGCAGCAUAUUGAUGCUCUACAAUUGCCUGAUAGCUUGCCGAAUUAUGUUCCUGGAUCUCUUGACGAAUGGCUACGCCUAUUACGCUUAGAAGAAUACGUUCAACCGUUAUUAGCUCAAGGUUAUCAGUCAGUUUGUGAUGUAACGACAUUAACAUGGGAAGACUUAGAGGAUAUUGGUAUCAUUAAGUUAGGACAUCAGAAGAAAAUUUUACUUGCCAUUAAGCGUGUUAAGGACAUCAUUAGCGGUAAAGUUGCGUCACCGGGUAUUACGCCGCAUGGUCAGCAACCUCAACUGUACUUGAACUUGCAAGAGAUCCAGCAGCAUCAGCAAAUUUAUCAGCAGCCGAAGACGCCGAAAUUCACGCAAUCUCAGUACAUAAUGAACCCGCCGCAGCUGUAUUACGUGAACCAAGAUGGGGACGAUAUCUUUGUGCCAAACAACUAUAAGCAGCAUUUGACGCUGUGGAACGAGCAGCACUUGGGCAAUGGCAGUGCCGGCUUAACGCAACGCUAUUCCAUGUUCAAUAAUGCAACGACCUCCGCUGGCAUCGUCAAUGGAUGCGACGAAAUCCACGAAUUGCCAGACCCGGACAACGACGAUGCGGCCCACGACGAAACGCACGGCGAGAAUGACAUUGUUCUGAUAAAGUUGAGACAGCCGCCGGGAAAGCAAUUGGAUACUAUUGAAGAUGCGCAGGAGGCGCAACGGGCAAGUAGCCAUUUUACGUUUAAUCGACACACGAUGCAAGAUGCAGCUUAUUACUCGCAUCCCGGUAUGCAACAAUCGAUGAUGAAUGUGCUUCCAAUGCAAUAUAGCGGGUUAUUAAAUCAAAAUAAUACAUGGCGUCGUUCUUAUGAUGACGGAGACAUCACGCCCACAAAUGAGAAUUUCAUUUGCACGGAAGGUGGUGGCACGUUGCCUCGUCACAAUCGCAGCGGAAUAAAUCGGAGCCGUCCAGUAGCGAAAGUCGUUGCGACAAAUGUGAUGCAGCAGCAGCAGCAACAAGCUCUUUUGGCGCAGCAGCAACAACAACAACCCCCAAUUAUGAUGCAAGAUUUGGCAUUCAAGCAAAUCCCGGUUGCCACAAAAUGUUUUACGAAUCAUUGCAACCCCGCUGCCGCUGCUGCUCCGGGAAGUUUAGUCGGUAGUCCAAUGAUGGGUAAAAAGCAUCCGCCCGAACCGCCGAGACGACAGUUUUCGAGUCCCGCACAAAUUGAACAAUUUUCCGGGCACUUUGAGCAACUCUCGUUGACGUCGCAGCAACAAGCUCAAUCGCAUUACGCAAUCCCCACGUAUCAGCCAUACCACUUUAGUGCGCACUUGCCGCACAAUUAUCAGCACUAUCCGCAACACAAUCAACCGGUUUACGCGAAUUUCAUGAGUGGACAGCAGCAUCAGACGACUGUCGAGGUGCAUGCGGAGAAAAUUAAUGAUUCAAAGUCCAACUCGAGCAUAGACUCCAUCGAUGCCAUCCCCUUUGCCAACGACAAUGCCGGCACAAUUAAGAAUCGCGCGAUUGUCAAUCGUCACGAAACCUCGUUGACAUCCCUCUCCUCCUCGAGUUCCAGUUCGUCGUGUUCGGGUGCCAGUUCAAAGUCAACUUCGUCAUCUGCCUCCGUAACGACAACAAUUGCCGGAAACACAUCCAAACUGAAUGCCCUCAAGUCGUCACAGUCCCCAACCUCGACUUCGAUGUCAACGGGAAUCACGAACGAUGCCGCCGCCGCUGCCGAACUUGUCGACACGAAUGUCCUGAAUGACAUCGGAAACAUGCUCGCCAACUUGACUGACGAACUGGAUGCCAUGCUGGAAGAGGAGAAACGAGCAGGCAUUAACGAUAGCGAGUAAAUUUCAUUGUCCAGUAGUAAUUAUUGAUGAUAGAAUCCAGUGAUAAAUUAACAGAAAAAAUUAAUAUUUAAUCCCAAAUAAUUUUUUGAACGUACUUUCCUCAAAGAUUUAAGCUGUCAGAGCACGCUUAAGACGUUGUUUAACAUAAAUACAUAAUGUAUACUGGAAAAUUUAGCAAACAAAUUAUUAUAAACUAUCAUUAGAAUUAAAAAUAUUAUGAAUUUAAAAUAGAUAAAUGAAUGAAACUUAAAAAAAAUAAAAAUAAGAAGGAGAAAAAUAACUUUUGUACUGUCAACGUAGCAAUUAUGUGACUAGAAUAGCAAUUUAGGGGGCAUUCUUGCAGGUAUUAAACAUAAAAAUUGCGUAAAACUGUUAGAUAAAAUAAAAAAUGUUUAUUAUUCAUGUAUCUCAAAAUAAUAAACAAUGCACUGAUUAAAAAAAUCAAAUCAAUAUUUAAUAAUAAUAAAUAUUGUUGUAAUAAUUUGUUUAAA